UUUUUUUUUUUUUUAUUAAUAUAAUGACAGCUACAACCUUAACAGAAAAUGUAUUUAAUAAUGCCAAUGUUGCAUUGGAAACAUUAUCUAAUUUAUGGUAUACUAUGUUACAAAUCAUACAAGCUGUUUCCUCAGCUUCAGCCUCUUCUCUAACAGUCGAGCCAGAUUUAGCCAAACUUCAAAAAACUCGUAAAGAAUAUGAACAAUUGAAAAAUUCAUUUAGGAAAACAGUAGAAUGGUUAGAAUCCAAUAAAUUAAAGGAUGAAGAAUUAGAAAAAGAAACAGAGAAAUAUAAAGAUAGCCUCAACGAGCAAGAGAAAUUACAAAAGGAACAAUUGCGUGUUAAUGAUCAAUUAAAACGUUUAUUAAACCAGACUUAUGCUAUGCAGUUCCAAAUAGAAAUGCUAUUUGCUUCUUGUCAAGAUAUCCAAAUAAAUUAAAUAUGUUUUCUAGUGAACGGCUAAUAUAAUACAUUGUGUACAGUCAAGCUGGUUUAAACAUUUGUGUAAAGUAUAUUAUUCAAUCCUUAAAAAUUAGAAUCAAUAAUGUGGAUUUUUUUUGUUUUUUUUUUUUAACACUCAUGCUCUGAAGCAGAUAAAAUGAUGAUAUACCAUAUUAAUAAAGAGUAUAUACAAGCACAUUAUGUAGCUUUAUAAAAAUGUAUUGAGUAUGUAUUAAAGAUUAAAUUUGUUCCACAUAAUUGACAGGUACUAGGCCUUCACGGGUACCAUCCUCAGAUCUAGCCUUCCACCAGUCAUCAUUUUCUUUAACA